AUGACGGGACGCGGCCGGCUGGGGAAAUGCGUCGCCCUUUGCCUGCUGCCUUGGAGCUGCCUGAGCGUCGCGGGCGGCGGGGCCGCGGGGCCGGCGCUCGCUUCGCCCGGCGCCGGGCGCCCGGGGAAGGGGCCGCUCGCGGACGUUGCCAACGGGACCUCCGGGCGCAGCAACGUUUCAGCAGAGUGCACGGCUCUUGCCCCGCCACGCUACGGAUACUAUGAUGUGGACGGAGGCUCCGGCAGCUCUUCGGGCUCUGUCAUCACGUACUGGUGCAAAGACGGGUACCAGCUGGUGGGCAGCGAGAGGCUGGUGUGCCUCCGCCAGGACGGCUUUGCAUCCUGGAGCCAUCGCCCGCCCCACUGCGAGGCCAUCCCCCAUCCCCGCGACAAGGGCUUCCGCGUGGCCGUCGUGGCCUCGCUCGUCAGCGGGGCCGUCAUCCUGGCCCUGUCCGUCUCCUUCGCCGUGUGCUGCUGGCGGGACAGGACGCUGAGGAGCUGCGCCCUGCAGCAACAUGGCAGAAAAUUCAGAGGAGGAAGGAAACGUGAUCCCGCAGCCCUAGAGAGGAGGAAGAUUGCAUUUGGGAGACUAACACACUACCACCGGCGUGAUUACCACCUCUCAGCCCUCUCCAGCUCCGUAUUCCCGGGGGCGUUUGCAGGCUGCAAUAAUCCAGCUUUCCAGAGGAGCCCAGAAAACUUGCCCAAGCUGUCCAUGCAAAGCCUACACGCUGACAUGCUGGUCUUCCCGCCGGCGAUGCUGUGCCCAGGCACGCCGCCCUCUGUCCCCACGUAUGGUCAGCUGUUCCACAAGCCAAGCAACAUACUCCUGUCUGCAAUGCCUGGCCAUGCCAACCUCCCCAGGGACUUGCUCCCCAUCUAUUACAGAGGCUAUGAGGAACAUAAUCUCUUAAACAAGCUUGAGAGGCCAGUUUGA